AUGACGUCGAACCUGAUGAGCCGCUUCAUGCCCAUAAACAGCAGCACCACCCCAUCCAUCUACGAGACCCUCCAGCAGUACGACAACGACUCCGAUGGCUCAGAUAUCGAGCACCGCGCCGGCAUGGCUGUCGACGAAGAGAACCUCGGAGACCAGUAUGCAGACUACGAGCUCGAAGACGCCCUCGCGCAGGCAUCAGACAGCCAGUCCCAGCAGAGCAGUCCAUACUCGCGCCGGUCGAGGUCGACACGGGGGAAACGAGGGUGGGGGAACGCGAAUAUGACGGUUACUGCGCAAGGUGCUCGGGUGGAGGACGCCGAGGAGGCUGACGACGAGGUUCCAGCCUCGUUGCUGGUGGAAGGGAAUGCCAUGCCGUCGUCUCCCUUGCCCCCUCCGCCUCUGCAUCCUCUGCGGUCCAGCGGUAUAGGCGAGCACUCACUCCACCUCAGAGGUCCGUCGACGAUAGGCCAGACACGAAACCGGUGGGAGACAAGGGCGCCGUCCAUCCCCAGCCAUGGCCAGGAAGGGCCGCCGCGUGUAUGGGGGGUAAAGCAGCAUGCUGGCCUGGCAUUUGCGGACCCCAAGGAGAAGGCCUUGUGGAGGUGGGCAAACGUCGAGAACUUGGAUAACUUCUUGCAGGAAGUCUACGACUACUUUCUCGGGAACGGUAUCUGGAGUAUAAUGCUGAGCAGGACACUCAGUUUAAUAACCCUUGCGUUUGUGGUUGGCUUCACUACCUUUCUCUCCAGCUGUAUCGACUAUCGAAAGGUGCCCCAUAGCAAGACGAUGCCCCAGAUCCUCAUACCCGGAUGUGUUCGCAAGAUGUCCGGGUUCUCGACAUUCCUGCUCUGGCUCUUUACCAUAUUCUGGAUCGGUAAGCUGUUUCAAUACGCCGUAGACUUCCGCCGACUGCGACACAUGCAGGACUUUUAUCAGCAUCUACUCGGCAUCCCAGACGCAGAUAUCCAAACCGUGUCGUGGCAGGAAGUCGUCAGCCGGCUGAUGGCCCUCAGAGACUCAAAUCCGUCCACCGCGGCCGCAGUGUCUGCCAAACACCGCCGGUUCCUGGGCAGCCAGUCCAAGCAGAGAAUGGACGCCCACGACAUCGCCAACCGGCUCAUGAGGCGAGAGAACUACCUCAUCGCUCUCUUCAACAAAGAUAUCCUCGACCUCACACUUCCCUUACCUUUCCUCCGUAGCCGCCAGCUCUUCUCCCGAACCCUAGAAUGGAACCUCAACCUUUGCGUGCUAGACUACGCAUUCAACCAACAGGGCCAGCUCCGGCCCCUUUUCCUCAAGGACACCCACCGCAAAGCUCUCAGCGACGGUCUAAGACGCCGCUUCAUCCUGGCAGGUUUCAUGAACAUCUUUGUCGCCCCUUUUAUCGUCACCUAUUUCCUCAUGCACUAUUUCUUCCGCUACUUUAGCGAAUACCAGAAGAACCCGUCCCAGAUCGGGUCAAGACAGUACACACCACUCGCAGAAUGGAAGUUCCGCGAGUUUAACGAGCUAUGGCAUCUAUUUGAGCGGCGGACGAAUAUGUCGCGCCUGGCCGCGAAUGAAUACAUAGCCCAGUUCCCCAAGGAUAAGACGGUGCAGUUUGCACGCUUCGUUGCGUUUAUUGCCAGUGCGCUUGCGUCUGUCCUUGCACUCGCGACCAUCAUCGAUCCAGAGCUAUUCCUUGGAUUUGAAAUCACGCAUGAUAGAACGGCGCUUUUCUAUCUUGGUAUCUUUGGAUCCGUCUGGGCUGUUGCCCAGGGCGUCAUUCCAGCUGAAAACCUGGUCUUUGAUCCGGAACUCGCCCUCCGUCGAGUUAUAGAAUUCACUCACUACCAGCCCACCCACUGGCAGGGCAGGCUUCACAGCGAUGACAUAAAGAAAGAAUUCGCUCUCCUCUACCAGAUGAAACUAGUCAUCUUCCUCGAGGAGAUACUAAGCAUGAUCUUCACCCCGUUUGUUCUCUGGUUCAGUCUUCCGAAAUGUAGUGAUCGACUAAUCGACUUCUUCCGUGAAUUCACCGUCCACGUUGACGGGCUAGGAUACGUCUGUUCCUUUGCGGUUUUCGAUUUCAAAAAGGGCAACAACGUCAUUCUACAGGACCGCGAUGAUGUGAAUGAUGGUGCGCGCCCGGCCGGCCCCCAGGGACUACGGAAUGACUAUUACUCUACCAAGGAUGGAAAGAUGCUUGCCUCUUAUUACGGGUUUUUGGACCAUUACUCUAGCAACCCGACAGCAGGCGGAACACACGCCUACAUGCUGCAUCGACGGCAGAAUCCGCAGUCCACGGCUCAACCUGCAGCGUAUAAUAGGACAAACAGCGGCGAUCUGGGUAUGGAUAAGUAUGAUCGUGGACCACAACGAUCGAUGCACCGUAUGCCUCCCGGUUUAGGGAUGGCGAAUCUUACUUCCCCGCCGCGCGAGCCAGCUCUAGGAGGACCGAUCUCCCCAUUACCGUCAAUGCUGCUGGACCCUCACCACCAACCCUCCGCCUCAGGAUUCAGAUCCAUUAACCGCCCUCCAGGGCCAUCAUCGCGCGCCAGACCAUCUCGUCAGACAAACACUAUGAGAGACGCCAUCCCCGACGCUGACGAGUCACAAGCCAAUACUCCCAGGCUAUCUGCCCAGCAGUCCAACACCCAGAGGCAGGCGCACACUGCAUCCAGCAGCAAACUGGCAACGGAGGACAGCCAGCUAGAGGAGUCGUGGCGUAUGAACCUGGCGGCCGACGUUGACGAUGACGAGGAGGAGCACGACGAAGACAUCAACGAGGUUGUCGAAGGUGCAGGAGUCCUGGGGCUGAUCCAGCAGUUCCAGAUGGUCGGCAAUGAAGGACGUCGAGCCGUGGGCAUGUGA